GCAGCAUCAUUAUUUGAUCCAAAUGCUAAAGUUGAUCGUCGUGCACCAGAAUUACCAAGUACCGAUGGUAUUGAAUAUCCAAGAGCUGCAGCAUGGGCUAGUGAAUCAUUAAAUAAUGUAUUGAAAGAUGAUAAAGGUAUGCAAAUUUUAUAA